AUGUCGCUUGGUACUGGUGUCGGUGAUAUACUGGCGUGUGCAAGACUUGCUUAUAAACUCUACCAGGAACUGUCUGAAACAGAUGGCGUUGUUAGAGAAUUCCGGCCUCUAUCUUCACGGCUCCUUACUGUCUACAAAGCCCUCCUCCAAGUGGAACAACUCAGGGCGGCUUAUCAGUUGACUCAAUCAACCUUGAGUGCCAUUCGCUUCCUGGCGGGCAAGAUGAGCGAGGCCAUCAAUGGCUCUGAUGAUAAUGCUUGGAAAAGUGCAACUGUCACUCCAAGAUGGAUCGUUGAAAGGUCUGAGUUUCCGCAUGUUAGGCUAAGCGCAAUGAUCACGGGAAGGGAUACAUGUUGUGCAAGACCUAACUUCGAAAAGGUCACCCAUCCUAAUGACUUCUUCCGACCUGGGCGGGUAUUUACCGUGGCCAUGCGAGACCCAUAUGAGCGUGAGAAAGAACGACUUAACCGACAGAAGAAGAAUUACGGGGACAUUAUAAAGCUUCCUUUGAAAGCAAUGUUUCGAUAUGGCGAUGUUCAAGAGAAUGGACAAGUUCAAUGUCAUUUGUGCACUGGUGACAUUCGAUUCCCAAAGGUCUUCUGGGUUGACAGACACUUCAGGAUAUAUCAUCAUGAGACGUUUAGAAAGCUGCAUGAUGUAUCGAGUCUUGACGAAAGGAUAGGUUAUAUAUAUCUAGAUGAGAUGAGCACUGAUCGCCCUAUUCUGUCCGAGUCAGAAAUCGAAGAAAUGAUUUCCAACGAAUAUAAUCUUCCCACCUGGGAUAUGGACCCCUGGGUAGGAGCCAUCACUAUCCGCCGAUUCGUGGUCGUCCAGCAGGGUACUAAAUCCUGUCUUUGUCUGGGUAUACAUACUUACUCAGGAAGAGGAUGUUCCGACCAACCCGAUCAGGAGCUAUAUGCUAUUCUCUACUCAUCGAAGUACAUUCCCGACCCAUUGCCAGAAGAAACAAGAAUGAACAGUCAGCCUAUACGCCUGAAACUUGAGCAGCUAUCAACAGUACUACCCAGCACCGCCCGCGUCCACUUCGGCCGCGUCUAUGAGAUCAAGCAUGAUGUGGAAUUGAACAAUGUUGGUUUGGUCCAUGGCUCAUCCAUGGAUAUACUGUCGUCACAAUUCGAAUCCCAUCGUCCGAUAGAUACUCCGAACGGUGUAGCAUCUUCGCCGGACAAGGAUCAGGCAGGUACUUCUGCAGGUGAUACGGUCACACAGGCUGAUGUCAAGAUUGAGAAAUGA